CUAUUUUCCGUUUCUUCUUUCAUUCCAUCUUUCCAUUCGAUCAAGGGUUUCAUCUGUGCGAUUAUCUUCCUCCUCGAGAUUAUGAAUUGCUCGAAUUCAUCUCCCCUCUCAUCAUUAUCAUCGAAUGCCAUGGAAUCAGGGAGGGGUGCGGUGCUUGAGGAGAUCCAAGGUCAAUUAGCAGGUUAUGCAGCCGAUUCCCUGAGCGUUGGGAUGAUUUUUUAUGAUAUAGAUGUAGACAUCGAGUUCUACAAAGAGUUUGCAGCUGUAGUUUUCCCCAUAAUGAUAGCGGGAAUUACCCCUUAAAUAAAAAGGAUUUCAUGAUAUGAAUUAGUUUAUUUAGUUGUAUUGUUUAGUUAUUUUUUCAUGUAUUGGUAUGUAAAAUGUAAACAAAUUUGCAAAAUGAAUCUAUUUUUACCUUGUAUUCA